CCUCCCACAAACUGUCUGGGCCAGUACAAGUAAGGCCAGAGAGGGGGGUUGAGCAAACACACCCAUCCGGUAGAUUAAACAGUCAUCAAGCAGCAGCUCUGUUGGCAGGAGCUCUCGUGCUUCAAGGGGACUAUCUGAGGACAAAAUGGGUUCUUCCUCUUCCUCUUCGAGUUCUUCUUAUUGUAAAUAUGGAAACAUCAUGAAGGUGGAAACUUCUGGAGCUUCUUCGGAAACAGCUAAGCAGGACAGUCUGGGAUACUCAGGUGUGAGGGCAUCACACACUAUGGCAAAGACUGACAUUGACAGGAUGGAGAAUUACAGGUCGGAAAUCUACUCAGUCGCAGAUAAAUUUGAAAUUGACCCAGCUCUCAUCGCUGCCAUCAUCUCCAGAGAGUCCAGGGCAGGAAACACAUUGGAUAACGGCUGUGGAGACUGGAACCCACGCAGGAAUGCGUACAACGCUUUUGGACUGAUGCAGGUUGAUACUAAUCCGAGUGGAGGUGGACACAUUGCUGAAGGUGCAUGGGACAGUGAGGUACACCUCUGCCAAGGCACUAGAAUCUUGGUUGGUUUCAUCGAACGAAUCCGCAAUAAAUUUCCGGACUGGUGCACAGAGCAGAAGCUGAAAGGGGGGAUAGCGGCCUACAAUAUGGGCGAUGGAAAUGUCCAUUCCUAUAGCAAAGUGGACGAAAACACAACCGGUCGAGACUACUCCAAUGAUGUUGUUGCCAGAGCUCAGUGGUACAAAAAUAAUGGUUUCGGCAGCUGAAGCUGUCCACAACAGAAAUCACUGACCAAUCUGCUGCAAAUAAUGGAAGCUGUGUGUCUUGUGUCCAGCCCUGAGCUUAAUAAACAUAAUGCAAAGCAAAAACCACAAA